CUCCUCCCUUUUUCUCUUCUUCUUUUUUCUCUCUCUCUCUUUUCCCUAUAUAACGGAUGGGCCCCUUUUCAGUUUUAUCAAAGGCAACACAGCAUACAAAAAGCACCUAUAGUUCAAAAAGUGCCAAAGUAAUAGUAGACAUAGACGAACCACUGGUAGAACCUAAAUUUCCAAUAAAACAAUAUGAAUAUAUCGAAGGCCGAAAUUAUCGGCAGACUAAAAAACCCAGUGAACAAUUUUUACCAUGCGAUGAUGAAGAAAUUGAGAGACUACAGAUAAACCAUUUACUAUUCAAAUCUUUAUUUAUCACACCUUAUUUCUCACCUAUACAAGAUCAGCUAAGGAAGGGCAUUAAAGUGCUUGAUGUAUCUGCUGGCCCUGGUUGGUGGAUAAUGGACAUGGCUAAACAAUAUCCGAAAUCUCAUUUUACGGCUGUGGAUGCUGUCAUUUAUCCUAUAAGUUGCCCGCCAGCCAAUUGUCAUUUUCGACUCAUGGACAUGUCAACUGGACUUGCAUUUCCUGAUAAUACCUUUGACUACGUUACUCAACACGAUUGUCUGUUUAGAUACAGUCAACAAGAUUGGGAAACAAUGAUACCAGAAAUCGUACGAGUCACAAAGCCAGGUGGUUUUAUUGAAUUUGUAGAACUUGGAGGUUCCAUACAGGAUGUUGGACCUAACCUAUCUAUUUGGAUGAUGCGUCUGACAGUUUCAUUACAGACAAGAAAUAUUAACCUCAAAAUUGCCUCACAGCUCGAGUCAAUGAUACAAUCGUUUGAUAAUGUUAGACAUAUAGAAUCUUCACAUCGUUCAGCGCCCAUAGGCUGGUAUGGUCGAAAUGGUGAUAUCAUGUUGGAGUGCAUACAACGACUAUUUGAUUCUAUAAAACCAAAAUUAUGUGAAGAUUGGUCAAUGAAUUUAGCAAAAUACGAUAAAAUGGUAGAAGCAGCAGCUGCAGAAUGUAGAGAUUUUAAAAGUUGGUGUAAUAUUCAUUAUACAAUCGCACAAAAAAAGAAAAAGUGACAAAAAGACACGUCUAUUCUUUAAAUAUAAUAAUAUGUAAAUUAGCUCAGCAAUACUGAAUAGUUUGACCAGACCUUUGCCUAAUUCUUU